CGGUGCGGCGGCGGCGGCGGCGGGGGCGGAGCCCGAGGACGUGGAGGAGGGGGCGUGCCCGCCGCUCCCUCUGCAGCCCCCGCCUCAGGCAGUUGACGCCCCCGCGCUGCUCGCCGCCGAGCGCACCAGCUUCCUCUACCGGCUGCUCGAGGGCGUGAAGAAGGCCCCG